CUUCUCUUCAUAAACAUCCUGAAUCUGAAUUCCAACUUUAGAUAAAGACCUUUCCUGAGAGGAGAGCAUUCACAGAAGUGUUAUUGCCACCAGAUCAAGGUCACCACUGCUGAGAGCACCAAGACACCAACAGUGUGCAUCCCAUCUGUUUCCUCAAUGUCCCAGCUCAGAGGAAUCCAUAGAGAGCUACCCCAGUGACCUUGCUCCUAGAGAAGAGGUGACAUCACAGGAGGACCAUUGGAAUCACUACUCAGGAAAAGACAACAUCUUGGUAUCAUAGCUCAGGCUAAGAUCAGACCAUUGCACAACCUCCUUAAUGCUGCUAUUACAGGCUUGAAUUUGAUCUUGAAGAAGUAAAAACACUGUAAAGAAGAAAAUAGUCAAAGGUUAAGGAGUGUGAACCAAACCAAAAUUUAAAGUGAAAGCCAGGAAUACCAUUGAAAUUUCCCAAGCAUGGGUCAGACUUCCUCUUCUACACCCCCUGCAAAGGAGGAUCCUUAUUUGCUCUCCAGCUUUGGGACAAAUCUUCAGAACUUCAAGAGGAAAACCAAAAUCCUGUCUGAGGAAUUAAUCACCUUAAUUGAAGCAUCCCUAGAGAAAGGAAAACUUCGGAAAACAGUUUCUGCAAUCAGAAAUGCUCUGGGUGACAUUGAGAAAGUCCCAUUGAACAUUGCAGUGAUCGGGGAGGUUGGGGCUGGAAAGUCCAGUCUCAUCAAUGCGUUACAGGGAGUAAAAGCUGAUGAAGAAGGUGCAGCUGCUACUGGGGUGGUAUGUACAACCACUGAGAGAACGCCAUACCCAUAUGCAAAGUGUCCCAGUGUGACACUAUGGGACCUGCCUGGUAUUUCAUUUUUUGCCUUGCAUCCAUAUGAUUAUUUGAAGAAAAUCAACUUUGAGGAGUAUGACUUCUUCAUUAUUGUCUCUUCUGUACAACUUUUACUUAAUGACACAUUACUUGCCAAAGCCAUGGUACAAAUGAAGAAGAGUUUCUAUUUUGUAGUAACCCAUACAGAUAAGAUAGAAUUAAAUGAGCUCCGUGAUAACAUUUCAAGUAUACUCAAAGUAGUGACCAAUGAGGAGCCUCCACUCUUUUUAGUCUCUAACUUUGAUGUGUCUCACUAUGACUUCCCAAAGCUGGAGACCACCCUUCUAAGAGAACUCCCAGACUACAAACGCCACAUGUUCAUGGUGACUUUGUCAAUUGUUACUGAUUCCACCAUAGACCAGAAGAAGGAUAUGCUGAAACAAAAGAUCUUGAAGGAAUCCAAAAUGCCAAAGGCUAUUAUCCCAUUCAGGGGAUUGACCCAAAAUGACCUAGAGAUGUUGGAACAGGCUUUGAGUGACUAUAGAUCUUUCUUUGGCCUGGAUGAGGCAUCACUGGAAAACAUUGCUAUGGUUUUGAACAUGACACUGGAGGAACUCAAGGCAAACAUUAAGUCUCCACAUUUGUUCUCAGAUGACACAGAUACAUCCUUAACUGAUAAACUAUUGAAGCACAUUAGAAAUCCUUUUGUUUCAAAGGUUUUCCACUUGCAAAAUUAUUUCAUAGACACAAUUGCGAGCGAUGUUAAAGUUAUCCUCAGUAGUGAAGAGCUUUUGACAGCAAAGCAACCUCCAUUGUACAUACCUACACGCAAGCCUUCCUCUAGCAGCCUCUCUCCUCUAACUGAUCAAAUUUUGGCUUUCACCUUUGAAAAUUUUUUUAAGAAUUUCAAGAAGGAAAGCAAAAUCCUCUCUGAGGAAACCAUCACCUUGAUAGAAUCUCAUCUGGAGAAUAAGAACCUUCAGGGAGCACUGUCUGAAAUUAGUCAUGCUCUGAGAAAUAUUGACAAAGCCCCACUCAACAUUGCUGUGACUGGAGAAACAGGGACAGGGAAAUCCAGCUUUAUCAAUGCCCUGAGGGGAGUGAGGGAAGAAGAAGAAGAAGAAAGUGCAGCCCCCACUGGGGUGUUAGAGACAACCAUGAUGAGAAAUCCAUACCCACACCCAAAGAUUCCCAACGUGACAAUAUGGGACUUGCCUGGCAUUGGGACCACUAAGUUUGAACCAAAAAACUACCUAACAGAAAUGAAGUUUGGUGAGUACGACUUCUUCAUUAUUAUCUCAGCUGCACGCUUCAAAGAAAUUGAUGCAUGUCUGGCCAAAGCCAUUGCAAAGAUGAACACAAAGUUCUACUUUGUCAGAACCAAGGUCGAUCAAGAUGUCAGUAAUGAACAGAGGAGUAAACCUAAGUCUUUCAAUAGAGACAGUGUCUUAAAGAAAAUUAGAGAUGACUGUUCAGAGAAGCUUCAGGAGGUUCUCUCCAGUCAGCCUCCAGUCUUCCUAGUCUCUAACUUUGAUGUGUCUGACUUUGACUUCCCAAAGCUGGAGACCACCCUACUGAGGGAGCUCCCAGCCCACAAGCGUCAUGUCUUCAUGAUGUCCUUGCACAGUGUUACUGAGACUGCCAUUGACCGGAAGAGAGAUUUCCUCAAACAGAAGAUCUGGCUGGAGGCCCUGAAGGCUGGAGUAUGUGCCACCAUUCCACUUGGGGGCUUCAUCAGAGAUGAAAUACAGAAGUUGGAGGAGACCUUGAAUCUCUACAGGUCUUACUUUGGGCUGGAUGAAGCCUCACUGGAAAAUAUUGCCAAGGAUUUUAGCGUUCCUGUGAAUUCAGUCAAGGAACACCUUAAGUGUCUCCAUGUGUUAACAAAGGAAAAAGACAUGUCCUUCAAAGAAAAACUGUUGAAAUAUAUUGAAUCUAUUUCCUAUGUUACUGGGGGACCACUUGCCUCAGGCCUUUACUUUAGAAAGACUUACUAUUGGAAAAGUCUCUUUAUUGAUACUGUGGCAAGUGAUGCCAAGUCUCUCCUUAAUAAGAAAGAGUUUUUAUCAGAGAAGCCAGGAUCGUGCAUGUCUGACUUCCCUGAAUAAUGGGAAACAGGAAUGGAGCUGUGAGGUGCUAACAUUUGAACUGGCUUCAGGUACUGACUUAAAGCUACUUUUAAGCAGCAAACAUUUUCUUGGAAAGACCAGAGAAUUCAUGUCUUUCACAGACAGACUAUCACUGAAACAAGUGGAAAAAGAGUGGUCCACAUUUGAAGGACUGUCUUCCAUUAAAUCGUCAUUAUGAGAAUAUGUGGUUGUAUACAUAUGACUUGCAAUAUCUUUGUCUAAUUUACCUUGGAUCAUUAGUACCACUAAUAUUCCCCAAACAGUGCCACACUCCCAUAAGAUGAAGAAGUUAGUAGACUGUAUAACCAUUUGUGCUUUUUUAUAUCUGCCUCAGUUCCAGAAUAAUGACACAGAGGUUCAUUUAUGCAUUAAUGCCUGUACUUUAGCUAAGAUUCUUCUGCAACUAUCUUAUAACUAAAAUAACAUGUUUAUAAUAUUCUAUGUCUGAUACAAGGCUGGUUGCCUCUUCUCAGUGUCAUAUGUUCAACUUCCUCCACAACUUGGUGGGAAUCUCUUCAGUCUGACUCUUUCCCAGAAUCUAUCACUCUCUCUCUCUCUCUCUCUUUCUGUCUCCAGGUUAUCCCACCUGUUUUCUCAUUUUCUCAAGCCUUUCUGUGGACCAUUCAGCGCUUUGCUGACAGAUGAUGUUUUUACAUAGUACAAAAGAGAUUAUUGCUACAAUCCUGUCCUGAAUUUCUUUUAGGGUUCAGGAAGUAUAGACUGAAUCCCAGCACACAUCUCCCCAUGGGGUGUUAUCUCCUUAGACAUGGUAGCCACACAGCAGAUGGAAUGAUCACCAUUGUCCAUGUACCCUCUAGGAAGGGCUGGAUAAUACAUGAAUAAAUAGACACACCUGGAGAUUCAUGCAGACACAGCCAUUUUACUCUAUAUCCUUCAGCGAUCAACAGGAUAAGUUUGGAACUUGGGUUGUAGUUAACAUGGGCUCUCAUUAAAUUGUCAUUUCUUGUGGUAUGGUAAAGGCUCAACAACAUCUUAAAAUCUAGCCUCAUGCUGAACACCAGGUGAUUAACACAAGAGCCUAUAGUCGCUUUCCCAACUUCAUUCUCCUUUCUCUUCCUCUUUCUUCUCUUGCUAUUUCUCCUGCUUUUCCCCUUCUUCCUCCUCACUCUUCUUGUCUCUUCUGCCUAUACUUGUCCCACUUCUUCUGUCUUUCAUUUGCCCACUCAGUUUAUGACUUGUAAACACAGUAUCUACAGGGAAGCCUUGCAGCCUGGAAAACUUUGGAAGAGUUGGUAUUUCAGCUUUUGUCCAAACAGCAAGAAUUCUGUCUUCUCUCUUCCCUAAGGAAUGACAGGGAUUUGCUGUUUCUGGGUUUUUUUGUUGUUGUGGCGGUGGUGGGGUUUUUUAUCUCUAAGAAAUUCAGUUGGUAAAAAAAGGGGCAUUUUGAGUAGAAGAGGUUAUCUGACAUAUUCAAAGCCUCCUGCUGUAGAAAGAGUCUCUUGUGCAAUGCAUGGAAGCUUCACCUGUUAAUGAAAUGCUGUUGGCCUAAUAUCAAAAGGCAAGAAGUAAUGAAAUAGAGUUUCAGUAGAAAAGAAUGGAAUUCUGGGAGACAGAGAGCAAGGGGGAGAUUUUUGUCAUAACACUGAGGAAGACAAAUGCAUGAAACUGGGCAUAGGUAACUAGCCACAUGGCAGGACCAAGAACAAAAUAAAUGGGAAAAUUAAGCUGUGAGCUAGUUGAGGAACAAUUCCAAGAUUUUGGCCUAGGCAUUUAUUCAUAUUUAGUAAGUCUCAGUCAUUAUUUCUGAAAAUAAACAAGCCAGUUGGAAAACUUA